CCUCACUACUACUUCCUAAGACGACCAAGUGAAUGAUGUUCACCGGUCCUUCUUCAACAAACUGUGAACAGGAUAGGCAGUCGAGGCCAGAAUCUACUUCGCAUGCGAACACAGAUGGCUUCCCGCCUAGAGACCCAAAAGACCCCCACAACUGGUCCAGCACCAAGAAAAUAGGCAUCGUCCUAAUCCUUCUCAACACUGUCUUCAACAGCACCAUCAGCUCCACACUCCCAAGCGGAAAUGCAGCCGCCAUCACUUCCGCCUUCCAAUUCCACAAUAACACGCUGCUAGUCCUCCUUACAUCUAUUUAUCUCCUGGGUCAUGUCUUCGGACCGCUCGUGUUCCCACCGUUGAGCGAGGUCUACGAACGCAGAACGGUCCUCCUCCCCACGUUCUUUUGCUUCACGUCUUUCACACUAGGAUGUGCACUCGCUCAAAAUUGGAACGCUUCGGUGGUACUAACGUUGCUAACAGGACUUGUGGCUAGUGCACCAAUUACGAUUGUCCGUGGUGUGUAUGCGGAUAUUUAUGAGCUGGACAUUACGCAGAUCACGGCAUAAAGUGACGGUAAAUUUACUCUUAGCGAAUCUUCCCCUGUAAGCACAGGGGAUAUGCCUCAAAAGGGUGUGGUGCCCCAUGUUUGUGGCUUACAGCGUCCUUUCAGGGCAGUGGCCUGGAAAUAUAGGGGGCUUUAGUGGUGGAAUCGGUUAGAAAGUGGCCUGAAAGUGGACUUGUAGUUCAAAUGCCCUGUAGUCCAGCACUCCCGUGAGUGCCCGACGCAUGUGUUCAUAAGAUCACUGGCGCUCACGGACACAAGGAGUUUCGCCUACCUUCAUAACCACGCGACUAACUCUGCCUUAGGCACGAUACACAAAUAAAU